AUGCGCUGCGCGGUCAGCAGGCUCUCAAUCCCGUGGGCGACGCUCCUCUACCUCCUCCUGCACGUCCUCGCCUUCCUGCCCUCCGAGUCGGACCGCGCGGCGAUGCUCGAGGACGGCUGGGGCUGGCUCGCGGUGCUGCAGACCGUCUACGAUAAGCGCGCCGCGCCAGACGCGCUGCAGCGUUUCGCGUGGCUGCUCCUCUCGCCGCUCUUCCUCGCGGUCGAGUGGCUGGGCACGUCGCGGCUGCUCUUCACGUGCAACGUCCUCUGCGCCCUCCUCACGCUCGAUCGGAGGCAAGAGUACUCGCCCGGCCGCGACUCGGUCUUCGACCCCUUUGUUGACGCCUCGUGCAGCGCGGAUCGGCUCGAGUGGCGGUGCGGCUACCGGCCGGAGGAGCCGCAAUGGCGGUGCUCCGCGCGUGAGAUUGCAGCCUUCAAGUGGUGCUGCGGCAGCAACACCUACGUGCCAGUCAUCGGCAUGCUCGGCGCGGUGCUUGCCAGCCGCGUCGCCGGGCGCGCGCUCCCUCCGGGCUGGGGCCGCGCCGUGCUGCACGCCGCGCUCUCCCUCGGCUGGCUCUGCGUCUCGGUCGGGCUGAUGUACUCGCUCGGCGACGCGCACACGACGCACGAGACUCCGUGGCGCGACGUGGGCGGGUGGAGGCCGUGUGCGCUCUCCUUCCUCUCCCCCGCCGCCCACUCGGCGUGGAUCUUCCAGGGCUGGCUCGUCGCCUCCCUCUUGCUGUGGCAGGCGGGGACGCGCCCCUCCGGCCGGACCUGGCCCGUCGCCUCGCGGCCGGCGCAGAAUGCCGGCGCGGAGCCGCUCCUCUGCCGCUCGGCGAUCGAGGAGCUUGUGCGGAGCGGCCUCGUUGACGACCUCGCUGACAGCUGGAUCGAGCGCAUACGACACGAGGCCACGGUCGCCGAGAUCCGGCGCCGCGCCGAGGCGGGUGAGGUCGACGCGAUGCUCAAGCUCGGCGCCUGGCAUCACACGGGCCAGAUGGGGCUCCCGAUGUCGCACGCGGAGGGCUUCCGCUGGUGCAGGCGGGCCGCCGAACUGGGUUCACUUUAUGCCUACGCGAGCGCCGGCUUGUGCCUUGUCGGCGGCAGGGGUGUGGAUGCGGACGUGCCGCAGGGGCUGAGCCUCAUCUCGGCGGCCGCGGUGGGCGGGCUCGAGUUCGCGUCGAACUGGCUCGGCGAGUGGUUCCUCGCCGGGCAGUAUGGUCUGCCCAAGGACCCGAGCAGGGCAGCCUACUGGUUCGCAAAGGUGGUCGACGGGGCGGCUCACUCGCUCGACGGCGCUGCCUGCCCUCGCGUGCGCGGACACCGUGAGCGUGCCGCCGAACGGCUCUCACUACUGAGCGCUAUCUGCACUCCCGCUGGCCCCGAGGAGGCGCUGCCGGAGUGCAUCAAGGGCGAGGCCGGAGGCACUCACUGGGUUGGGCGAGCCUAGGGCGGGCGCUGUAAGAGCGGCGCUGCUUGCGUGUGUCGCCAACUCGCCAACUUGCGCGCGGACAGAGUAACGCGCACUAUGUUUCACUUGCCUGCCAUCUAUGGCAUGGACAGACAUCUCAUGCGCAUGGUGUGCGUACAGGUUGUCACGUGUGUGGCGAAUCAAUGUGAUAUACGGCUCUAAGUGUGUGGGGUUAGCA